AUGGACAUCAAGGAGGAAAAGAAGAAAAAGGCCCACAGAAAGAGGGAUCGCUUCUGGAAGCUGGUUUUUCCACAUUACAACAAGGCAAACAACAACAGCAAAUCAAAAUACAUGUCGUCCAAAGAAAAGCGCACUUCAGAGCAGAACAACAAGAUUACCCAACUCUCUAGUUAUGCUCACAACAAUUUCUCAGUCAAUCUGGAUCAUGAAAUAUUCGCAAGCAUACUGGAAAGCAAUGAUUGGGAUUCCAAAAGGUCCAUAGCGGAUCUAAUUGACUAUGAAGAGGCCUCCCAUGGCAUUCUAGUCGAGCCUCCCAACAGCAUUGAUAAACCGCUGCUCGGUUCCGAAAACGAUGGCGGAACAUCUUGCUACAUUGACGCUCUUUUGUUCGCCAUGUUUAUAUCCAACACCACCUUUGAUCCGCUGUUGACGUAUGAUAUACCUCCUGACCAGGAGGAAAAGGUCAAGUUGCAGACACUGAUGCGGCUGUUUGUCAACAAGCUGAGGAAAGGCCAUUUUGUGAAUGCAGACUACGUCCACUGGCUGAGAAAAGUCAUGAAAGAGGCUAAAUGGAACGGGCAAAAUGAAUAUGGUGAUUGGACGCAAGAGGAUGCCAGUGAGCUCUUUAUGUUUAUUACAGAAACAUUUGAUUUACCAUAUUUACCAUUUCAAAUCAGAUUAUUUCAUGGAGCCAACAAGGACACAGACGAUGAUCGAGUCAUGACGGACAGAACCCUGACCCUAUCUAUUCCUGACAACAGCAGCAAUAAUAAUGACGCACCUAGAGAAGAGGUUAAACUGCAAGACAUAUUAGUAGACUAUUUCUAUAACAACGUUAUCACGGGUGUAAGACGACAAGUAGAUUAUGACGUUGAACAAGAUGUGUCUGAAAACGUGGCUGCUUCCCCAUCAUUACAAACCAUGCUGGAUGACAGACAGCUGAGCGAAAAGGACGAGAAAUAUACCCUCAAGAAGCUAUUGAAAAGGGCCAACAGCAAACAUGGAAUGAAGGAUGAACAGGCUGUUACUGCUUGGCAAGUACUGGAAUUGUUGCCGUUCUACACUGCCUCCAACGAACAAGGCGGAGCCAUCGAGACGCAAGUCGACUCUUCGUUUCCAGAUACACACAUGAUUUUACCCAUUGUAUUGAAGCGUUAUCGCUACAACAGCUCAGGCGGCUCGGUCAAGAUAAAGACACAUGUCGACAUUCCACCUACCAUCGAUUUCAACAGAUUUGUGAAUCAAAAUGUGGAUGACCCAAUGUGUCCCACCUGUGGUCAUCUUAUCAACUGGACGCUACAUUUCAAAAGUGCUGUCUGCCAUAAGGGUGAUUCGCCUUACGCUGGUCAUUACAUCAGUUACGCAAGAGUCAUGGAAGAAAACGAUCAGGACAACCAUGAUUCAACUUUCUAUUGGUUGAAAUUAGAUGAUAUGAAUGCUUCGAGUCGUGUUACACAAAUCAAGAGCAGUAAUUCAUCAAGCAUUUGCCAGGAUCUUGCAGAAAACGCCUACAUCAUCUUUUAUGAGCUGGAUAAGACAUGCCAUCAUAGAAGGGGAUCAAUGGUGUUGUCGUCUUCCUCCUCAAUCAAUUCUGAAAGUGUUGACAUGAAGCAAGAUCUCAAAUCAACAGAUUCCUUUUCAACGUACGAAACAGACACAGAAGAGCAGCGUUGUAAUUGCGAUAAAAAGCACGGCAAGGACAAAUCAAAGGCCACGACAGCCAACACAAAACCGCAUCAUCAUCACCAUCAUCACCAUCAUCAUAGGCAUUAUCUGAAAGAAUCGUGUCAAUUAAUGUAA